AUGGCUUCCAUCAACAGUCAUCCUCCUCUCUACACGUUACCCACGGAAGUUCUCCAAAUGGUAUUCGGCUUCGUGGCUGGGGAUGACCACGAUGAAUCGGAUGGCACCAACUCCAGGCUGAUCCCAAGCCUCCGUGAGCUUUGGUCCAUCUCCGCAACAUCAGGCUGGUUCCGCGCCGUUGUCGAACGCCUCCAGUACCGCAACGUCCUACUCUCGCGUCCGAACCAGCACCGGCACCUCCUGCGCACGCUGGCCAGAAAACCCUACCUAGUGGGUUCGGUGAAGCAACUUGUCUUCUUCACCAAUGCGCGAGCUUGUCACUCGGUACCUUCGCCCCCCUUGGAGAAGUGUGAACAUCCAGAUCGAAUUUUGGAACUAUGCGAUGCCGCAUUCCCCGGUCAAACAGGGACCGCUUGGGUGAGCGAACAUCUUAGGGAGACCCGCGACGCAGUCAUAGACCUGUUUGAUCUUCUGCCCCGCCUCCUCCAGCUCAAGAGGUUCCGGUACGCCCCGUUCCUGACCACCGAUGGGGUCUUGCGCCUGGACCGCUCGUACAACAGUGUGGAUCCGAUCCCCGGAUUCCACCAUUUCUUCGUUGAGAUUUUGUCGUCCCUUACUCCAGCUGCUGUAUCAGAGAUACACCUUUUCGAGCGGCUGGAAGAUCUCCAUUUCUCCGGUGCUACAGCGCACGUCGUUAACCUGGCGCUGUCUCUCCCAAAGCUGCAUACGCUCCGUCUAUCCCAUAUCCCCAGCCUUCCCACAGCUGGCGCUAUUCCGCUCAACACAUCGUCCACAAUCCGCACCUUGUCAUUCGUCUCCCGCUACAUCCAGGAGCUCCAGAUCAUCCCGGCCAUCCUAACCGCAGUCCCGCAGCUAGAGACCCUCCACAUCGAGACCACUCAGCUGGAGACCUACGGCGCCACCAACGGAGCUAUCUUCGAAAACAUCGCGCAGGCACUAGCCACGCACCUCCACACCCUAAAGCAUUUAACCCUCGACAUAGCCCUUGCCCCUGGGUCGCCGGUGCACUUCGACUUCCGCGCCUUCACCCGCCUCUCCACCCUCUCCACCCGCGACACAUUCCUCUUCGACGCCGCAACUCCAGCAAAGUCGUUCGUUGACAGUCUCCCGUCCCGCCUGGUGAUCCUCGACGUGAAGGUCCACGGCUCAACAGAGACAUCUUUCGAGAUGGCAGCGUCUCUGGCGCGCGAUGUGCAGCGGUGUCGGUACGAGCACGUGGAGCGGUUUCGGUACCUCGAGUCCGUGAGUCUGGAUUUUCAAACCGCCCACCCUGAGUUUACGUUCUCGGCGGAGGAGGAGCUCACGGUGCGUGCUGAGUUGCGCAUUACGGAGACGCAGUUCUUGGAGUUGGGGGUUGUGUAUGAGCAUCCGCGGUUUGUCAUUGAGAAGGAUGUCCUGUCUGAUUCGGUGGGUGGGAGUGCAGAUGGUUGGCGGGUGAGGUUCUUGUCAACUUAA